UGAAAAACCUUUAAGGCUUCAACGACGUUUCUUCUUCUUCGCUCUCUUAGCGCCGCUUACUCGACCUCUCUCGGUGAAAAAACCUCCUUAGCAAGCUCCUUCGAGCCUCCUCUUAGACGAUUUCCCGAUUUCUAAACAUCGGAUUUUGAUCGCGGUAACAUAAAAACCCUAGCUUCGCGGAAUUUGCUCAGUCGCUCGUUAACAGGCGGCGUGUGAGAGAAUGGGUCGGGACAAGGAUCAGAAGAAGCAGAAGAGAAAAAGAAGCAAUGAGAAUAGUGUUGAGAAAGUAGUAACUAACGAAGAGAAGCAGAAUCCGAAGCAGCAAAAACAACAACAACAAGGGCAACAAGGGAAUGUUAAUCAAAGCAAGAAGAAGAAGAAAGAGGUUUCUCCAUUCGGAAAUUAUAGAAACUACUAUGGCUAUCGAAUUAGCCAUGAUAUGGAUGAAGAUCCUCGGCUUAAAGUGUUGAAGAAAGAAUGGUUUGAGGGCAAAGACUGUCUUGAUAUUGGCUGCAACAGCGGGAUUAUGACUAUCCAUAUUGCUAAAAAGUUUGGUUGCCGGAGCAUUCUUGGAGUUGAUAUUGAUUCAAGAUGCGUUGAGGAUGCUCACUGGCACCUUAGGAAGUUUGCCAGAACGGAGAAUUCUGCUAAGCCAAAUGAAAAGAAAUCUAAUUCAGAGGGUUCGAAGGAGCAAUCUGUUUCUCAAUCCAAUGGCGAGACAAAGACAGACGGCGCAGAAACCAAAGACCUGUCUCAGGUUGUCUCGUUUCAGAAAGAGAAUUUUGUUCAGACUCGAAAUCUUGACAACAAUCGUUAUGACACAAUUCUAUGCUUGAGUGUGACAAAAUGGGUUCAUUUGAAUUGGGGUGACGAUGGUUUGAUCACCUUAUUUUCAAAAAUCUGGCGACUUCUUAACCCGGGUGGUAUUUUUGUAAUGGAACCUCAGCCUUGGAAAUCUUAUGAAAGCAAUCGUCGUGUCUCAGAGACAGCUUCAAUGAAUUACCGAAAUAUUGUUCUACGUCCUGACCGUUUCCAAGAGAUUCUUCUUGAUAAGAUUGGGUUUAGAACAGUGGAAGAUCUCACAUCAAGCUUGUCCGGCGCAAGCAAAGGGUUUGAUAGACAGAUCCUUGCGUUCCAGAAAUGAACAUAACAAACCAGAGGCUUCACUUAAGAAGAAGAUGACUUUUUGAUAAAAGUCUUGUCAAAAUCAAACUAAUUUGCGUUUACAUGGUCGCUUCAUAUUUUUUUUUUUUGCUACUGCUUAGGCUCUCUAAUCCAAAUUCCAAAGUCGUCCUCUUUUUUUUUGUAAACGGUUUCAACUGAUAAUGACACAGAAUUUAAAAGCCACCAGCGUCCAUGGCUAAAAAUAGGACUUUUAGGAUCUU